CAUGCGGGCUCAGCUCUGCCUGCUGCAGCUGCUGCUGCUCCGCGGGGCCGCGCGCGCGCUCGGUCCCGCAACGUCCGCAGAUCCCCACGAAAGCCAAGGAUGGACUGCCAAGUGGACCAGGCAAGGCUGGAGUCGGAGAGCCCGAGAGAGUCCGGGGCAGAUGUUGAAGCCAGGCAGGACCCAGCUAAGCCAGGACCUGGGUGGGGACACCCUGGCCAUUGACACACUGCCGGACAACAGGACCAGAGUGGUGGAAGACAACCACAACUACUACGUGUCCCGUGUCUAUGGCCCUGGUGAGCGCCGCAGCCGGGAACUGUGGGUGGACAUGGCUGUGGCCAACCGGAGCCACGUGAAGGUCCACAGGAUCCUCUCCAGCUCUCACAGGCAGGCUUCGAGAGUGGUCUUGUCCUUUGAUUUCCCUUUCUACGGACAUCCUCUGCGGCAGAUCACCAUAGCAACCGGAGGCUUCAUCUUCAUGGGCGACGUGCUGCACCGGAUGCUCACGGCUACUCAGUACGUGGCCCCCCUCAUGGCCAACUUCAACCCUGGCUACUCUGACAGCUCCACAGUCGCUUACUUCGACAAUGGGACAGUGUUUGUGGUUCAGUGGGACCACGUGUACCUCCAGGGUCGGGAGGACAGGGGCAGCUUCACAUUUCAGGCAGCCCUGCACCGAGACGGCCGCAUUGUCUUUGGCUACAAAGAGAUCCCCAUGGCUGUCCUGGAUAUCAGCUCUGCCCAGCACCCUGUCAAGGCAGGCCUGUCUGAUGCUUUCAUGAUUCUCAAUUCAUCCCCGGAGGUGCCAGAGUCUCGGAGACGGACCAUUUUCGAAUACCACCGUGUGGAACUGGACUCCAGCAAGAUCGCCAACACAACGGCGGUGGAGUUCACCCCAUUGCCAACCUGUCUCCAGCAUCGGAGCUGCGACAGCUGCAUGUCCUCGAACCUGACCUUCAGCUGCAGCUGGUGCCACGUCCUGCAGAGAUGCUCCAGUGGCUUUGACCGAUACCGCCAGGAGUGGUUGGCUUACGGCUGUGCCCAGGAGGCAGAGGGCAAGACGUGUGAGGACUUCCAGGAUGAGCACCACUACCCGCCCUCCCCCGACAGCUCCUUCGGCCCUUUUGAUGAAGACCGCACCACCUCCUCCUCCCUCUUCAUCGACAGCCUCACCACAGAAGAUGACACCAAGUUGAACCCCUACGCAGGAGGAGAUGGUCUUCAAAACAACUUAUCCCCGAAGACCAAGGGUCCCCCCGUGCACCUGGGCACCGUCGUGGGCAUUGUCCUGGCCGUGCUCCUGGUAGCAGCCAUCAUCCUGGCUGGGAUUUACAUCAGCGGCCACCCUAACUCCAGCGCUGCGCUCUUCUUCAUCUCGAGGAGACCUCACCACUGGCCAGCCAUGAAGUUCCGAAACCACCCCAACCACUCCACCUACACAGAGGUCGAGCCCUCCGGCCACGAGAAAGAGGGCUUCAUGGAGGCGGAGCAGUGCUGAGAGCAGGCCAAAGACGUGGGGACGGCAUGAGAGACAAGUCACGGCCAAGAGAAGGGAUGGGUUUUUCCUGGCCUCCCUCCUCUGACCUGGUCCUGGGCCAGGAAGACAACAGCUUAUGGUGCCAAAACUACGGUUUGGUCCUUACACCCCAGAGAAAAGGGACACAGUAACUGAACCUCUGAGUUCCCUGUUUUGGUGGGAGGGGGCUCCGUUUUGGGGUCUCUCAGCGGCCUGCGCUGUAGCUAUGGCAGAGCCCCUCCCCACAGCCUCCUGUGUCACACCUGGUCCCUGAAGCCCCUGCUUGGCCACUGCAUUGUGGGGUCCAUAGACUCAAGGGCUGGUCUGCCUAGCUAUGGAGUCAGUGCAGUUGGCUCCAAACUCAGUGGCCCCAGACACCUGAAGAAAGUGUCCCCUCUAUCUGAGAGCUCUCAUCCCUUGAGACAAGCCGAAGGAGAGGUGGGGGGAAAGAACCUUGGGGAGCUUGUAUUUGCUGGCCUUGGUCCUUGGCUUCAUCAUUCUAGCAGGGCCCGGGGCUGACACCAGAGCGCCGUAGCCUGCGGCCCAGUCUGCAGCCUGCCCUGCCCCCCAGCCUCCACCUUGCAAGCCGGUCUUGCACGGCAGCCAGUAAUGAGUGGGGUGCUUCCUCCACCGUGUGUCUGGUACCCACUUCACUCGCUGGCCUGGUGUGUUGUCCAUGCAAGUAGUUUCCUUCAAAGGGAGGGACGGCUUACCUGGCUCAUGUUUUUCCUUGGCUGACCUGGGUGGGUUGUGGGUUUUUUUUUUUUUUUUUUUUUUGUAACCAUUAUAAAUAAUUAGGGGCUAGAGGCUUCCUGGAGACACCCCUGCCCAGCAGGGAGCUCCGGUUGGAUCCCGUUGAAGCACAGCUGCCGCCAUGAAGGUAGGGCAGAGGAACCUGGCAUGGGAGGGAGCGACCGUGACUUGGAAAAUGACCGCCAUCACUGCCCCUGUGAUGGGCCAGGACUCCUUCUGAACGGCAGUGAAAAUCCAGAGCUCACCCUUCUCCCAAAGAAGCACCAUCAUCAAAUAAAUACAUCGC